AUGUCAUCCGUCUCUGCAAUCUCCUCCUCCCUCUUAAAACGAACCAUCCCGUUUUGUUCAUCCGCGGCUACUACUACCCUAGCCACGACCGGAAACGGGGCUACACAGUUUCUAUCCCUCAAAAAACGCAUAUUCCCCUCAGCAUCUCAUCUCCUAGCCCCUGCCCUACCCGACCCGCCGGACCAGUACCCUACUAAGGCGCCGCCAGAGUUUUCUCCGUCAGUUCCAGGCCGCUACGACCAGCCUUCUACUCCUCCUGAGGUCCCUGGAAUUUCCACCUUUCCGGAAGUGGACCCGACUACUACUAUACCACCUGAAGUCAGACCAUAUCCUCCACCACUAGAGCCCGGUCCGAACCCGGGUCCGGAUUUUCCGGUACCUCCCUUGAACCCGACUCCUCUGCCCGAUAUUCCGCCACCUUUUCCAGAUAACCCGCUCCCUAAUCCCGGUAUACUGCCGCCGCAGCCACCUGAGGUCGUGCCUCCGCCUCCGCCGUCGCCUGAGAUUAUACCUCCUCCAGCUCCACCGCCACCACCAACUGGCCCGGGCGGGCCUAUUGUUGUCUAG